UGCCAUGGCUCAGACUGUGCAGAACGUUACGUUGUCGCUCACUCUGCCCCUCACGUGCCACAUUUGUUUGGGGAAGGUACGUCAGCCUGUCAUUUGCAUCAACAACCAUGUAUUUUGUUCAAUUUGUAUUGAUUUGUGGUUGAAGAAUAAUAGCCAAUGCCCAGCUUGCAGAGUCCCCAUCACUCCUGAAAAUCCUUGCAAAGAGAUUAUCGGAGGAACGAGUGAAAGUGAACCUAUGCUAAGUCAUGCAGUAAGAAAACACCUUCGAAAAACUAGACUUGAGUUACUCCACAAAGAAUAUGAGGAUGAAAUAGAGUGUCUACAGAAAGAGGUAGAAGAGCUUAAGAGUAAGAAUCUCAGCUUCGAGUCACAGAUCAAGACUAUUCUGGAUCCUGUAACUGUGGUGCAGGGCAGCCAGAAUGAAGACAAACAUCCAGUUGCAGAUAAUCCAAGUAAAAUUGAUUCUGAAACUGUUGCAGAGUGGAAGAAAAAACUGAGAACAGCUAAUGAAAUCUAUGAAAAAGUGAAAGAUGACGUAGAUAAACUAAAGGAAGUAACUGUUGAGACAGAUUACUGUUUACGUGACAUUUUGGAGGAACUUGGUGCCCUUUUCACCGGGUUUGGAAGGUUUACAGUUGCUGCCCUUCAGUCCAAAGUAGAACAAUAUGAACGUGAAACCAGUCGCCUCAAGAAAGCCUUGGAGCGAAGUGAUAAAUAUAUAGAGGAACUAGAAUCUCAAGUUGCUCAGCUAAAAAGUGAUGAGAAAGAAGCUGUGAAUGCCAUUAGCCAGAGAAUCCUUGCUGCAGAUGGCAAGGGAAAUGACGUCAGUGAGGAGGAGGUGGCAUCGAAGUGCCCAGAGGAUGGUGUCAGAAGACAGCCUAGCUCGUCCACUUCAAGUUCUUCUCACCUGGCAAAGCCUUCCAGCAGCAGACUCUCUGAGACUUGUUUGGCCAGGCAGGAAAGCACCAGAAAAACAGAACUAAAUUGUUCUAACAAAGACCUUUAUCAAAAACAGGUAGAAAUCAUGUUAGAUGUGACAGAUACAAGUAUGGAUACUUACAUGGGAAGAGAGUGGGCUGAUAAAACCAGUGAAUGUGGACACUACAAAGAUGAAGACCUUUUUGAUCUUCCAGCUCCUUGUCCUCAUUUGUCCCUUAGUUGCCUUCAGCUCAGUACUCCAGAAAAUAGAGAGUGCUCUGUGGUCAAAGCAGGCAAUUCCAAAAAGCACUCAAACCUUCUCCGAAAAUUGGUGUUUGGUGAUUCUCCCAAUAUCUGUAGUAAAGAUUCUGCAGAGGAUGUAAGUAUAAGUGAAAAUGAAAAGAAAACAGAUGGUUUCACUUCUGCAAAGACCGGGUUUUGGGAUUGUUGUUCCACAAGCUAUGCCCAAAGCUUGGGUUUUGAAAGCUCAGAGAGGAACACCACGGUAAAUUCUGCCGGGGCAAUAUCUUCAAAAUCAAGUGAGAAAUCAGGCACGUGUUUAUCCAAAAGGUUGAACUCUAUUCGAUCUUUUGAAAUUAAUCGGACAAGAACAUCUAGUGAAGCAUCAAUGGAUGCAGCUUACCUUGACAAAAUCUCUGAAUUGGAUUCCAUGAUGUCAGAAUCAGACAAUAGCAAGAGCCCUUGUAAUAAUGGUUUUAAGUCAACAGAUUUGGAUGCUUUAUCAAAGUCAUCCCAAAGCAGUGAAUUUCUUAAUGAACCAGAUAAAUUGGAAGAAAGAACUAAGCCAAACCUUUCCAAUGGUUCUCUAACUACUGAUCAGUUAGAAAAUGGAAAUGAAUGGAAAUCCACUUCUUUUUUCCUUCUCCCACCAUCUGACCAAGAAAUGAAUGAAGAUUUUUCACUCCAUCCCAGUUCAAAUCCAGGAACUAAUGAAUUCAAACCUCCAAGCUGUUUGUUUCAGACAGAAUUUUCCCAGGGUGUUUUGUUAAACAGCUCACACCGGCUCUUUGAAGAUCAAAAGUUUGGAUCAUCAUUGUUUAAAAUAUCCUCAGAGGUGCAUGGUCUUCAUAACCACCUUCAGUCUCCUUGGUCCACUUUUGUGCCUGAAAAGAAGAAUAAAAAUGUGAAUCAUUCAACAAAAAGAAAAAUCCAGAGCAGCCUUUCCAAUGCCAGCCCCUCGAAGGCAACUAAAAGUUGAUUUCUUAGAAAGGCCUCAUUUAUGUUUUUGUCCUGAGAGGAGUUUUAAAAGUUAAUUUUUCCUUUUUUCAUCAGAAAGAUUCUAUAUGGUUUUAGAUUGAUGAUCUUUAAAGAUGCCAAGUGUCAAGUCAGAAUCAUGGAUUAUACCUAUACCCAGAAUACUGUUCAUUUUGAAAAGAGUUCAGUCUCGUGAUUAUGUUUUGUGUGGGAACCUUUCUGAUUACAGAAGGUAGAGAGAAGGUUAUUGGUUUUGUUUUUAAAGGAUAUAUAUGUCUGGGUUAGGGAUAUUUUGCGUUUUAAAUUUUAGCUUAUUGUUAGACACAGUGGCCUAUUGAUCAUCCUCAGUUAUCUCACUUGGGUUUUUUAAAUGAAACUUGUAGUGUUGACUGUACACUGCCCAUAAAAAAACUUUUUGAAUUUCUUUUAAAGUUUUUCCCAUGGUGGAAAUGUUUUUAUGUGACUCUUUUUUUAUGUUUAGUGGUGGCCUAACUUUUAGGCAAAGCCAUGAUGGAGAAAUAGCACUCCCACUUUAGUUCAUUAUUCACUUACUUUAAAAAAACAUUUUAUGUAUACGUUUCCGUUUGUUAAGCAUUGUGUUUUGCCCAGUAUUUGUACAAACAUCCUGAUAAUGCCACAAAAAAAACCAUUUUCUAUUUGAAAAUACAUAUCCUAUGUCAAGUAGGUUAUGUUGCCUACCUUUUCAUGUGUAUGGAAUAUCAGAAAUUGGAAAGGUGGUAUGGAGGCCUUGGAAGAUGGUAUACCUCCUUGGUAUGGAGGUGUAGAGGAAGAUAAACAUGGUAGUGUCAUUGUCCCAGAUAUACAACUAUAAAAGCACUCGUUUUGAUGUCCUUGAUCCACUGGCAUCCCAGAGAAGCCUUUUUGGAAUGCAGUUCUUGUUUGCAUGUUCUUGGUCUUUAUGUAAACUAUGCAUGGUAGCUUUCUUACUUAACUGUUGCCCAUGCUUAUGAAAAAUUAAGUUUCAUCUGGCUUACACACAUCUUUUAUGUAAAACAGUUUCUUUAAUUUUUUUUUUUCAUGACAAGUGUAUGUGGUAGGGAUGAGGAUAGGGAAAUGCAGAGCACAAUUUUUAAUUUAGGCUCUGAAAGCGUAUUAUUUUUCAUGUUCGGGUCUUUAAAAAUGGGUUUGUUUGCUGAUGACUUGUUUAAUGUACACUGAACAUUUUACAUUAAUGCUGUAAUGGGUUACAUUAAUACUGCAUGCUUUUCCAUGUGAGUUGAAUAAAAGAUGUCGUAAGCACUGUAUCCUUGAUGUUGUUUCAAAUAUUGAAAUGGCUUAUAAAGACGAACAAAAGUUACUGUUUUUAAUUGCUAUGGUACAGGGAUUGGCAAACUGUGCUCCAUGAGCCAGAUAAGGCUCACCACCUAUGUAUGUAAGGCUUGUGAGCCAAAAAUAGUUUUUACAUUUUUAAAUGGUUAAAAAAAUUCAAAGAAUAUUUCAUGUCAUGACAUAUUAAAAUUCCAGUAUUUCUAAAUAAAGUCUUUUUAU